GUCGCACUAUCAAAAAUUUCAAGAGUUCUUCGUAAUUUUCGAGAAAUCCUAGAAUCUGAAUCUUCGAGAUUUUAACUUUGUAAAACUAGGAACAGGGUAAAGAAAUCGCGAUUCCAAGCAUUUCUAUUUCAAAAAAUUAAAUUUUUUCCUUUCAUUUAACAUAUGCAUGAACGAGACAUUGUCUGUGCACAUGUAUCGUCAUCUACACUAUUAGUUGUUAGAAUACACGGAGAGAAUGUUCUUUUAAAAUGUACCCUGAAAAUUAUGUGAUCGCGAGACAAGGCGGCAUUUCGAGGAAUUUUACGAGUUUUCGAAAUUUUACCAUACAUUCCGCUUGUAAUUAUAUACACUUGGUACUGAUAAAAUGUCUGGUAAAAUUCUGAUCGCGUACGAUUCUCAGGGUAAAUUUUGAGAGCAACCUCUCCCCCGCGUACGAGUCUCUCCAAGUAGAAGCUGAAAAUCGUGGGCAUUUGCGUUUGCAGCGUGACAUUGCGAUUCGGCGCGGGGCGCAGCCGCGUCUCGUUUAUCGACUGGUUAUUCCCGGCGCCGCUCAACUAUACGGGAUUUCGAUUCUCACCCUGGCACAAGACCAAAACGGCACUCGAAACCUGCGCACUUGCAGCCCAGGCAUGAGGAUAGUCAAUCUAACGUGCGCCUUUAGGAAACACAAACCGCUGCGUAGAUCAUGAAAGGGGCGCGCGCACGCUUUUACCCCCUUCUAUCUUGACCUGUUCCUCGCACAGGUCAACACGCGAACCACCGUGUAGUGCGAUUAUAUCGUAAAUGCAACUGCUCUUUCUCUCGUUCCUCCUCUCUCUCCCUCCCUCUCUCUUUCUCUCCCUCUCCCCCUCUCUCUUUCUCUCUGUGUCGUUAUCCGGGAUGUGAAAGUCGAUGAUUAGUUCGAGGGUCCGAAGCGUCGCUCCUCUACCAAGUGCGAAGAGACAUGUAUUUGGAGAACGCUCGCUCCGAUCCGCUCGGGAGGUUCCACGAUCGGUCUCGGAUGCAAAUAUGACGCUCGUUCGUUGUUCUCCGCGGAGGGUGCUCCGUGUUGUGUGACGCACAGUGAAAGGGUUGCUGGCGCGACGCCCGUACAUCCCGGAGGCGGAUGCUGCAAACUCGACACGCAUACGCUCUACGUCGACCGUUGUUGUUCUCGGAGGGAUCGAAAAAAAUUUUUUUUUCCUUUAGAAACGAGCCUACGGCGUUUUACGAUGAGGGACGGCGCGUCGAUGAAUCUCGUGCUGGGCAGUACGUGAAUUUCGCGCGACUCAACAACAGAUUGGCGGAUCAGGGUGCUACAAUUCAGUGGAUAUGGUAACUAUGAACUCCGAAAAAUCGGCUUGCCGCCGAAAACCAGUUGAGAAAAGUAGCAGCAGCAGCAGCAGCAAGAAGGCGCCGGAGCAUGUUGAUGAUGUGGAUAAAAAAAAUGAGGACGAUCGCGCGAACGACUCCCCGGACUUGUCCCCCAAUACCCCCACGUACAACGUCACUGCCUCUUGCGCCGAAGACACCCCUAAUUACCUCGUCUACAAAAAGAUGGAGUCGAUUGUGGAAAAGAUGUUGGACGAAUUUACCGGUGUGCCCGUAAAAACGGUCAAGACUUUCAUGACGAAGACGCCGUCUGUUUUUACAGGUACGGAUCUUAUAGCAUGGAUGAUGAAGAGCAUGGAUAUCGAUGAUCAAGAGGCUCUCCACGUGGCUCACCUUAUGGCAUCCCAUGGAUAUUUUUUUCCUAUCGACGACCACUGCCUUACCGUAAAGAACGACAACACGUUCUACAGGUUUCAAACACCGUAUUUUUGGCCAUCGAAUUGUUGGGAACCUGAGAACACCGAUUAUGCUGUCUAUUUAUGCAAAAGGACGAUGCAGAAUAAAACGCGAUUGGAAUUGGCGGAUUACGAGGCGGAAAAUCUGGCUAGAUUGCAAAAGAUGUUUUCGCGAAAGUGGGAAUUUAUUUUUAUGCAGGCAGAGGCGCAAAGCAAAGUUGACAAGAAAAGGGACAAGUUAGAAAGAAAAGUUCUGGAUAGCCAAGAGAGAGCCUUCUGGGAUGUACAUCGGCCAAUGCCUGGAUGUGUAAACACUACGGAGCUGGAUAUUAAGAAAGCUUGUCGCAGCUACAAAUCUGUCGUACAACCAAGUAAGCAUUUGCAACUGGGCGUCGCGGGCGGCAGAAUAUCACCGUCUGCAGACACAAGUGCCACCACGUCGAUAGAAUUUUUGCAGAAGAAGAUCGAGACUCUGAAAGACAGACUGCACAAGCCCGUCAUCAAGGUCUCGAAAGUAGCCGAAGCUUUGAUUGGGUACUAUGAACAAUACAUGGAGUACGAUCCCUUUUUCACCCAACCCGAGCUCACAAACCCAUGGAUAUCCGAUAGCCCGGAAACGUGGGAGCAGGAGAAAUUAGCGAAAGACAUACCUGCCAGAAGAGUAAAAAGAUGGGCGUUCAGUCUUCAAGAACUCUUACAAGAUCCCGUUGGUAGAGAACAAUUUAUACGCUUUUUAGAUAAGGAAUUUAGCGGCGAAAAUCUCAAAUUUUGGGAAACCGUUCAGGAAUUGAAAACUUUACCGCAGAAAGAUGUCCAGAUGAAAGUCGAAGAGAUAUGGCGUGAAUUUCUGGACACGGAUGCCAGUUGUCCCAUCAAUGUCGAUUCUCGGUCUUAUGAGAUUACCAAAAAAAGCCUCGAAAAGCCAGACCAAUGGUGCUUCGAUGUUGCUGCGGCACACGUAUAUCAUCUAAUGAAAAGUGAUAGCUACUCGAGAUACUUACGCUCGGAAAUGUAUAAGGACUUUCUUAAUGGAUCCAAAAAAAAGACUUCUGUAAAAGGCAUUCGCUCUAUCGUUUCCUUCACAGGACGAAGAGACACAGCAACUUCGUAACCUGCCACUUUCUAGCACUUACAAUCUUACAUCUCUAUCUCCGCUUUUUCCUUUGUUUCCGCCAAAAACUGCACAAAACUGGUGAC